UGUUGCUGUGCAUUUCUGCAAGCUGCACCAUAAACUGACUCUUAGAAAACAUUGGCAUCUCCAUUCAAUCCAAUUACCUCUCCAACAAUUCAUCUAGCUACUUAAUUCACCGCCCUUUGCUACACUUUUCUAUUCUAGUAUUAUUAUUAUUAUUAUCGAUAUUUACUACCUAUUAGAGUUACCCUACCACGAACCGGCAAAUACAAGCACGCGACACUUCUCAAGUCAAUUCUCUGCAGGCAUUGAAAAGACUUGAUAACCAAGAAAACCUCCUGGAUUUCGACACGAAACGUUGAGGGCAAUAAAAAGUGGCACGCUCGACCGGGGUUAAUCGUCAUGAAGUUCGGCGAACAGCUACGCUCUAGCAUCAUUCGCGAGUACCAAUGGUACUAUAUCGAUUACGAUGGACUUAAAACCGAACUCAAGACCGCUUCAGGGCCUCCUCUAGAUACCGAAGAACAUGGCAGCGGAGGAGAUAAGAAGGGCAAGGGCAAAACUAAGACCAGAGGCCAAUCGAAGAGCAGAUGGACAGAGGAGGACGAGCAACGCUUUAUUGCUAGGCUCUAUGCCGAGCUAGACAAAGUCUAUACCAAGACUAAGGUCAAGCAGUCGGAAAUUCAACGUCGCAUAGCGGUCAGCGAACGAGAGGUCAAGGAGGUCGUCUCCAAAGUCACUGAGCGAGGUUUGACGGAGCAAGGGCCCUCGGAGGAAGAGUUCAUCUUACUCGAAGAAGACUUGAGCGAUAUUAUUGCUGAUGUCCAUGAUCUUGCUAAAUAUGUUCAACUCAACUAUACCGGCUUCUACAAGAUUAUCAAGAAGCACGACAAAAUGACCAACUGGCACCUGCGACCUUCUUUCGAUGCGGCGCUUAAGAACAAGCCCUUUUACAACGAGGAUUUCGAUGCCGAGGUUGUGAAGCUAUCUAGCAUGUACAACAACGUCAGAACGCGCGGCAAUCCAGUAAAGGGUGAUAGUUCUGCCGGUGGUACCCAGGGUAGCUUCGUUCGCCAGACUACCAAGUAUUGGGUGCACCCGGACAACGUUACCGAAUUAAAACUCGUUAUUUUAAAGCAUCUACCUGUGCUGGUGUUCAAUGCCAGCAAGGAAUUUGAAAUACAAGAUUCUGCUAUCUCAUCUAUCUAUUACGAUAAUCCCGAAAAAUGGGACUUAUACGAAGGUCGUUUGAAGAAAACGGAAGGUGCUGAAGCGAUUCGUCUACGAUGGUAUGGUGGCAUGCAAAAUGAUACUAUCUUCGUGGAGCGUAAAACGCAUCGAGAGGAUUGGACUGGGGAGAAGUCGGUAAAGGCUCGUUUUGCCAUGAAGGAGAAGAAUGUCAACUCAUACUUAAGAGGCGACCUGCUCCCGGCCGCCAUCUUUGAGAAGGCCCGAAAAGAGGGCAAGAAGUCUGAAAAGGCUAUUGCUGAGGACGAGACCCUCGCUAAAGAGGUUCAGUACUCAGUCUUGAGAAAUGGUUAUAAGCCUGUCUGCAGAUCGUUCUACAACCGGACUGCAUUUCAACUGCCAGCUGAUGCUCGUGUUCGAAUCUCUCUUGACACCGAACUUAGCAUGGUACGAGAAGACAACCUGGAUGGCGUCAGGCGUUCUGGUAACAAUUGGAGACGUAUGGAUAUUGGCAUUGAUUAUCCAUUCUCGCAACUGCCUCCAGGAGAUAUCUUACGCUUUCCAUACGCCGUCUUGGAAGUAAAGCUCCAAACUCAGCAUGGACAAGAACCUCCAGAAUGGGUUCGGCAACUCAUCUCGAGCCAUCUCGUUGAAGCUGUGCCUAAAUUUUCCAAGUUUAUUCAUGGCACCGCAUCUCUGUUCCCUGAUCGGAUAAAGUUGUUACCUUACUGGAUGCCCCAAAUGGACGUGGAUAUUCGUAAACCAGCAUCACACGACUUUGGUAUCCACCGCCCGACACACUCGCACGCUAGUGGCACGACUUCGGAUGAUGACGAUGACGACGAUAUUGAUUCGGAUGCUGAGGAUACUACAGAUGCUGGGUCCGCCGGACCUUCGGGCCAUGGAAAUGGCCUGUCGCGUCGGGUUCCAGCGCUUGGGGAUAUAGAAGGACAAACCACAGAGGGCACUGUCAACAACGAAGAUUAUCCCCUUUAUGACUCGGAUAAUGAAGUAGACGAAGAGGAUGCGCUUGAGGAGGCAAGACGAGUUGGUGGAUGGACGUAUUACUCUACUGUCGCCAAGAAGUACGCGAAGGCAACCAGCAAUGGAGCGUGGACGGUAUUAAUGAGUAUUACACCACGUCCUCGAGCUACGACAGUUCCUCGCAGCAACCGAACCCAGAUGUAUUUCGGCGAUCAAGAUGUCCAGACUAAGAAGUUCAAAGCUCCCAAAGGCAAGAGAAUCUAUGUGCCUAUCAGGGUUGAGCCUAAAGUCUACUUCGCUGCGGAAAGGACUUAUCUCAGUUGGCUCGAGUUCUCGAUCUACAUCGGCACCAUCGCCGUCACGCUACUCAACUUCGGCUCUAAGCCGACCACUCUCUCCUUCGUCGUCUCCGGCAUCUUCACCCUCUUGGCUAUCAUGUCGCUCUGCUAUUCAGUCGGCAUCUAUCUGUACCGGAGCAGGGGUAUCCGACAGCGUAGGAUCAUCAAGUACUACGACAGGAUUGGCCCGACUUUCCUAUGCGCUGCCCUUUUCGUAGGAGUCGUCUUGAACUUUGCCUUUGAGGGCCGCGAGAGAGCUGUAUGGUAGGUAACCUACCUAUCUUUUAGGGUAUUGGAUAUAACCAAUCCAACUGCUUUCGAAGCCCCCUGGUGGCAGGAACGACGAUGUAUGUACAAAGAAUUUGAUGGAAACGCAUAAGAAUUUCUUGGAGGGUGGGGGGCUUGUCAGCGUUUGUAUAAUUAUGAGCUAUCUACCUAGGUCAACCUAGGCGGGUAGGCAUCUAAGAGCGGAUAUUGCGAUGUUUUUUUACUAUUUCUCUUGUUUGAUGGAAAAUAUAUAUAUAUGUGUGUGUGUAUAGGUUAUGUUUAUAUAUAUGGUUGUGCAUAAGUAGUACAUGUAGGUAGCGAAACUCGAAUGUUAUAUAUAACUAUUUGGUUUAUAUGAUGC